UGAGAGGAACCCUCACAACUUUAACACUCAACUUUAUUCCUUUUCGCUUCCUCAUGGAGGGCCAGCGGUAUCCCAUCAGCGUGCGUUUAAUUGGAGUCAUGCACAAGGAGAAGAGCAAAAUGUACAUGACCUCCGUGCUUUGGUCAGACCAGAGUGAUAUUGUAGUUUACAGGACAAAUCCGGAAUUUAAGAAAAUGCAUAAACUAAUGAAGAAAGCUUUCCCACCUGCAAGUAAAAUGAAACAAUCAGACAGAAUCAUCCCCAGAUAUCGAGACAGAAUGCUGAGAAGGGGCGGCCGGGAGAAAGGUCCCACCAGGUCUCUGCUGCGACUGAAGUUUCUGCAGAAAUAUUGUAAUGCACUUCUGAGCUGCGACCCGAGGGUCUGCCAGUCGGCAGACCUGAUCCAGUUCUUCCACCCCAAAGACCAGGACCUGCAGCCGGAGUUUGCCCAGAACAGCAUCAUGAUCAUGCCAGCAGAGGAUGAAAUGAUCAGAGAUGCAGGACAGGGUCAGGGCGUGGGGAACGUGACCCAGCCGUUUGUCACCGAGACGUACAGGUGUGUGGCUCCUUACGAGACCAAAGACACCAAGAACAAGCCUUUCAAAGUGGCGCUGGACGAAAAAGUUGAUGUUCUCAUCAAAGACAAAGCAGGGUGGUGGCUUGUGGAGAAUGAAAGCAAGAAGAUGGCCUGGUUCCCUGCCCCCUACCUGGAUAAACUGGAGGAUGACGAUGAGGCUGAGGAUGAAGAUGAAAUAGAUGGGAAUUCUGAAAGAGGAAUGCUAUACAAUGCAGUCAAGAACUACAAGGCCACCAAGGAUGACGAGAUAACCGUGGCCAUCGGUGCUGUGGUGGAAGUCCUGCAGAAGUCUGAUAACGGCUGGUGGCUCGUCAGAUAUAAUGGUAAAGCAGGCUACAUCCCCAUCAUGUACUUGAAGCCCUACAAACCCCCUCAUAUCCACAUGAUAGCCACCAAUCCAGAUCGCCGCAACUCUUCCCCGAACCAACUAAUGCCGUCCCUGGAUCAGCAGUCCAAAGGUCUCAGCCUCUCUCAAGGCAACCUGCUGCAACUUCCUGCCAGAUCGUCCAAACCCAAGCUGCAACUACCACUUCUACAGCAGAGGUCAAAAUCUAUUGAUAUCCAGCCUUAUCAUCCUCCUGCUGCUCCGUCUGCAGCAAGCAUUACUUCUUCCACCGACGUUGACACCUCCCCCAGGACCCCAAAGCCUUUCCCUUUGCCCAAAAUCAAGGUGGAGAUGGACGGAGAAGAUGAGCCUCGUCCCCUGAGCCUGCAGGCCGACAGCGACGGGAGUCUGAGCGACAGCAGCAGCUUCAGCGAGGACCUCAACAGUUCCUGGGCGAGCUCCUCGUCCAUCAACCUGAGCCAAAGCUACAACGAACAGGAGCUGCGUCUCAGCCGUACGCCUCCCCCCGUGUUGAGCAACCGCCUCAGCCCGACAAGUGGCCAAGAGGGGAAAAUGCCCCCCAGUGUCUCUGAUCCCACCCUCUACAAGGGCACUCCGACAACACCUAAAGUGCCCCCCAGACCGCGGGCCCAGGAGAUCCUCACCCGCUGUACCACUGUCACCCGCAAGAACGCAGCCAGGCGAGGCCUGUCGCCCACACAGACUGAGAUAUUAAGUCGAUGAAGUGUGUGUUAACUUAAUUUGUAUAAUUAAGGACUUUAGUCAAAUUCAAAGUCAACUUUAUUGUCAAUCUUUCAGUUUGUGUGUACAGACAGAUCGAAAUACCGUUUCCUGCUAUUUUUAUUUGAUUUCUGCAAAUAAAACUCCCUAGUGAGGUGAGCAUGUGUUCAGAAUGUAACUAAGAGUAGUUUUGUUAUUAUGACUACAGGCAAUGUAUCAUUUGUACUGAGGUGACUGUGGGAAAAUGUGGUACCCGUGAAGCUAUGCCAACACGUUUUUUUCCUGCUGAGUUUGUUUUCAUACGAAUAUUAGUUGUCAAACAGUCUUGUUGUUGUGGUUGCCAUGAUCUUUGAAGAUUGAUUGUGUACAUGUAUACACAUAGACAAAGGUAUUCAGCAUAAGCAGAAGAUAUAUUAACAAAAUUAUGAAUCUGUAAACACUUAACAUUCAUAAUGCGCUAAUUAACUCUGUUUUGAAUGAUUUAUUUUCCAUACUGGAAACCUUGUAUGCAUUCUGAGUGCGCUGAGUGCACAGAGAGAAAGGGAAAGAGAUGUGUUCUUGUGUCUGGAGCAAAAGUAAAUAUUUAUCUGAAUUGUGAACAGUAUGUGGGUAUUUUGUUUCCUGGUCAAGCAUGUUUACAGCUAAAUUAACUUGUAUAUAGUAAUAGGUUGUGUCAAUAACACAGAAUAUACUGACCAUUUAAAUCUUGAGUGUAUUUUCUUGUUACACAAAAGCUUCGAACAAAUAAAAAUACUUUGGGUAAACUCUAUAUGUCUUGCUUCAAGAUCUUCUUUAAGCUGUAUA